CUGAGAUCAUCUUUCCCUUUCGUUUGAUCUCACUUCCAUUUCCGCCUCUCCAUGUUUGAAUACCUCUCUCUCUCUCUCUCUCUCUCGUCUUGUAGUGGAUCUGCUUCUGUGAGCCUUACAUACGCUCCCCCGUAUUCUGGAUUGAUCCAUACGACCACCGUGUCUUCUUCUUCUUUAAGAUUGUUGUGGUAGGCUUAUUACGAUCCGAAAGGCACCGACUUUGCUUCUCUUGCCAAGAUGAAAGCCCCCACCAAUCUUCCACAAGAUGGUACUCAGAAAGGGAGUCACGGGAGGACAUGUGGCCCUGCAAGACGAUCCACCAAAGGGCAAUGGACUCCCGAAGAGGACCAAGUCUUGUGCAAGGCUGUUGAGCGUUUUCAAGGAAAGAACUGGAAGAAGAUUGCUGAGUGUUUUAAGGAUCGCACUGAUGUCCAGUGUCUUCAUAGAUGGCAAAAGGUCUUGAACCCUGAUCUUGUGAAAGGGCCGUGGUCAAAAGAGGAGGAUAACACAAUAAUUGCUCUGGUAGAAAAAUAUGGGCCAACGAAAUGGUCUACUAUUUGUCAGCAUUUACCUGGGCGCAUAGGCAAGCAGUGUAGGGAAAGGUGGCAUAACCAUCUUAACCCUGCCAUCAAUAAAAAUGCAUGGACCCAGGAAGAGGAACUUACUCUUAUUCGUGCACAUCAAAUCUAUGGGAAUAAAUGGGCAGAUCUAAUGAAAUUUUUGCCAGGAAGGUCGGACAACUCAAUAAAAAAUCACUGGAACAGCUCAGUUAAGAAGAAGUUGGAUUCCUACUACGCAUCAGGACUUUUAGAUCAGUUUCAAAGCUCGCCACUCAUUGCCCUUCAGAACAGAUCCAUCGCUUCAUCUUCCUCGUGGACGCCCAGCAGUGGAGAUGAAGGUAAAUUCACGCCAGGGGCUGAUGCGGAAGAAUCAGAAUGCAGCCAAGCUUCAACUGUUUUCAGUUGUUCACAGACGACCAAUGAUUUACUAGAUGAGGUUAAACCUACAGAUGAAGAAUUCCACAUUCCUGAAUUGCCUUCAGGAAAAGAGCAGCAAAUCUCAAACUCUCCAUCUCAUGCAGAAUCCUCAAAGAAGUAUCAGAAUCAAACUGAGGUUAGAACUACCACAGCUACAGAGGAUCACUUGCAGGGUGACUGUCCUCAGUUAUUGACCCAUAACAUGCACGGAGAAGGAAGAAAUGAAGCAUGCCAAGAUCUUCAAAAUUCAGUCAGAUUAAGUGAUCAACCUUCGUCGCCGAACUCGGACACAGAUAUUCAUCCACAACCUCAAACUUUGAUCACGGACGAGGAGUGCUGUAUGGUUCUUUUCCCAAAUAACAUGAAAGAUAGCGAUACAUCUUUUGGUGAGCAAGGUCAGAACAUGGUUGAGCCUCAAAAAGCCAACAGAUCUCAUGCUAAUGAAAUUGGAAACAUUCCAGCUUUGUCCUGGCAUCCUUCAAAUUCUGAGGGACGGGCGGGUCAAAGUAGUGUUCCUUUGUUAUAUUCUGAUAUGAAGGACUCACUUCUACUCCGCAAUGAUUCUAAUGAUACUAUUCAAGGUUGUCACCUUCUUGGAGCUACUGCAUUAGAACGUAAAACUGAUACAAAUGAUGGUUUCAUCGACGCUGAUGGACUUGUAACUUCCCAUGGCAUUGAUGAUAAUGAUGGUAUCCCAGAACAGCAGGAUCUAUCAUAUAUUCCCAAGGAUUCUUUGAAGCUAGUGCCUCUGAAUAAUUUUUCUUCUCCUGCUAGAGUGAAGAAGAUUCAUUUUCCUAUUGACGAUAAGCCAACUGAAAAAGACAAAGGAACUCUUUGCUAUGAACCUCCACGUUUUCCGAGUGCAGAUAUUCCUUUCUUCAGCUGUGAUCUUGCACCAUCAAGUAGUGACUUACGGCAAGAGUACAGUCCCUUUGGUAUCCGCCAGUUGAUGAUUUCUUCGAUGAGUUGUACAACUCCGUUAAGGUUAUGGGAUUCACCGUGUCAUGAUAAGACCCCUGAUGUCAUGCUUAAAGAUGCUGGCAAAAGUUUCAGUGGUGCACCCUCCAUCUUAAAGAAGCGGCAUAGGGACCUUCUGGCACCUGUGCUUGAUAGGAGAAAAGGAAAAAUGGUUAAAAGUGCUGAGGCUUCCUCCUUGGCUAAAGAUUUUUCACGCUUAGAUGUUAUGCUUGAUGAUGGAGAUGACAACAAUAAAGGUGCCUCCUCUUCUGAAGCCAAAGAGGACCCAAAGGAGACCUUGGAGUCAGGAGUAGUGACUUCAGCCAAAAUUGACCAAGAAACUCGUAGAAGUUUGGUUUAUCAUAAUGAUGUGGAGAUGAAACUGAGCUCUCCUGAUAAAACUGGAUUUAGACCAGAUAACGAAGUGAAUACAGUUGCAAAAGAUCCAUUGAACCAACACGAAAAGUCAGUAGGUACUAUUCCAACUGGAGAAAUCUCAUCAGAACUUCCAUUCACUACAGACUCUAUUCCUUUAUCAGCAUUCGCGGAAAUUAACACCAACACUGCAGAGAGCAGUCUUGAUAUUAUUGAAAACUAUAGCAUAUUUGAUGGAACUCCGUUUAAAAAACUCCUUGAUACCCCAUCACCAUGGAAAUCCCCUUUACUCUUUGGUUCGUUCUCACAAAGCCCAAACCUGCCUCCGGAAAUUACAUUUGAGGAUAUUGGGUGUUUUAUGAGUCCUGGAGAGAGAAGUUAUGAUGCCAUAGGACUGAUGAAGCACUUGAGUGAACACACAGCUACGGCAUAUGCAGAUGCUUUGGAAGUCUUGGGUAAUGACACACCUGAAACAAUAAUCAAGAAGAGACAGAUGAACAGAUCUAUUCAAGGGAAAGAAAAUCAGCUCUGGCCUCACGAUCAACUGGAAAACCGAUCCCAGGUGGAGUGUCGCGCCUUGGACUUCAGUGAUUGCGUGACACCGGGGAAAGCAAAGGUAUCCUCGUCUUCUCCACGCGGCUACAAGAGCCCAUCAUCUUACCUUCUAAAGAGUUGCAGAUAGAAAAGGCUGCUUUUGUUCAUAGAGCUCUGAAGGGAACAUUCUCGCCUUCAAUAUUUUUUUGGCCAUAAUAUAUGUACGUCUUCUUGAUUUUUUUGGCCAUACCAUAUAUGAACAUUCUCUUGAUUUCUUUUUGUAACAUUGUUGAUUUUUCAACUCUGGACAUGAUUACAAUUUGAUUAAAUAGUGAAAAUAUACUUUUUCUCAAGAAAUUAACUUUUAAAUUUCCAUGAAUGAGUUUCAAAACACAAAUAAGCUGGCC